CUGGUAAAUCAACAACCCACGCCCUCGUCAAAAGAGACUAAAGUUCAGUUCGGCCAUCAGAGGACCCUCGGAAAAAAAGCAAUGAAUCUGUUUGUGGAAACUUUCCUGUUCCUGGGCACGCUCGCCUACUCCUACCUGGAGGCUUUCGUGAAGCUGUUUGUCCCCGUGAGGAGGAAGUCUGUCAGCGGAGAGCUUGUGCUCAUCACGGGUGCUGGCCAUGGCGUCGGCAGAGCGACCGCCCUCGAGUUCGCCAAGCGCCAGAGCAGGCUGGUCCUCUGGGACAUCAGCAAGCACGGCGUUGAGGAGACGGCAGCAGAAUGCAAGAAUCUGGGGGCCACUGUUGAAGCCUUCGUGGUGGACUGCAGCAAACGGGAGGAGAUCUACAGCGCUGCAGACAAGGUGAAAAAGGAAAUUGGGGAUGUGACCAUCCUGGUGAACAAUGCUGGUGUGAUCACAGCUGCCGACCUGCUCUCAACUCAGGACCACCAGAUAGAAAGAAUGUUUGAAGUCAACAUCCUUGCUCACAUGUGGACGACAAGGGCUUUUCUGCCAGCCAUGAUGAACAACAACUAUGGGCACAUUGUCACGGUGGCUUCGGCAGCAGGUCAUUUUGUGACUUCUUUCAUGGUGGCUUAUUGCUCGAGCAAGUUUGCUGCAGUUGGAUUUCAUAAGGCUCUGACAGAGGAGCUGUCUACACUGGGAAAGGAUGGAAUAAAAACCACGUGCCUUUGUCCUGUUUUCAUAAACACUGGAUUUGUCAAAAACCCCAGUACCAGGCUUGGAAAGAUUUUGGAGAUUGAAGAAGUCGUAGAGGCUCUGAUGGAAGGAAUAGUGACCAACCAGAAAAUGGUUUUUGUUCCAUCAAAUCAGAGGGUUGCUUUACUCCUUGAAAGGGUGUUUCCAGAACGUGCCCUGAAUGUUCUGAAGAAGAUGACUGAUGUCAAGUUUGAUGCAGUCAUUGGGCAGAGAAGCACCCAGUGAAAGCCAAGAAUCAGUUCUCGUUUCCCAGUGAGUUUCACUCGUUUCCCAGCACGAGUGAAAACAGAACAUAUGCUGAGGGUAGU